CAUAACCCAGUUCGGCUUCCUGACAGCUUUAACAAGCCGAGCUAUUGUAAACAAAUAUGGGGUUCUCUUAGCAGGCCUGGCUGGAACUGGUUACCAAGCAGCGUCAGCGAGUUCGGGCACAGAGAGGAUCGUGAGUCUGGUCGGGUGGGGUGUCUAUUCCAAUAGCCUCCAGCCUGUUUGUAGCUGCAACUAGUGAACAACUCAGCCCACUGGAGAUCACCCACUUCUUCCUCUCCAGAUGGAUAACAACAAGGUGUCCUGCGGGAAGGUGAAGAAGCCCGGCAAGAGAGGGAGAAAACCCGCCAAGAUAGAUCUGAAGGCCAAACUGGAGCGCAGCAGGCAGAGCGCCCGCGAGUGCAGAGCCCGGAAGAAGCUCCGUUACCAGUACCUAGAGGAGCUGGUGUCCAGCCGCGAGCGAGCUAUCUGCGCCCUGAAGGAGGAGCUGGAAAUGUACAAACAGUGGUGCGCAGCAAUGGACCAAGGGAAAAUUCCAUCUGAGAUCAAAGCGCUGCUCAGUGGGGAAGAUAUGAAGGCUGGCUCGAACCAAGUGAAGCAGCACAGGGGAGUUAAAGCAGAUCCGAGUGGGAAGUGUCCGUGAAAAUCUCUUUCCUGGACCUGUUCACCUACUGAUCGCCCCUGUCUCUCGGAGAGAAGGACGACCUCUGACUACCAGGUCUCUGCACUUCUGCUACCUCUGCCUGUUACCGAUUGUAAGGGUGACACCUGGUGGUGAAGGAGUGGAAUCCAACUUUUUAUUUUUUCCAACAAAAUCCUGCUGAUAAAGAGCAAUGCGUAGUUCUUCUUCAAUCCAAAAAGAAUAAGGGGGGGGGUCUGGUCUCACUGUGAGAACUAGACGCCCAGGAUUGAUGAAAUUCCGAAACAUCGGGGGUGUAGAGCAUUCUCUAUAACUGAUCCAGAAUGGUGUCAGCGUUAGAAUUCCGCUCCAGUUUUGGAAUCUGGUGAUGGUUUGGAUCCAAAUUGCCGUCCUCCCUUUUUUUUUUUGUGGCCCUUAAUCCUGAGCACCCUGAGGACAUCAGACUUCUAUCAACCAGGGGAUGUCCCACCUGUCUUCCACUUGUUAAAGGGAAAGUUAACCACCGCUGUUUGGUUCGGUGACACUCACAACUGUUUCGUUUAAAUACAGAGCUGGAAUUGCAAUAGACCAAUUGCAUCUUGUCUUGAGCUGCCCAUAGACGUGCAGAUUUACCUUCAUGUUCGGUGCCAUCUCCCGACCUGCCACUAACCAAUCAGAUCAAAUAAAGUAGUAAAAGAACAGAUCAGACGAUGUUCCGCCCCUGACAGCAACCGUCCGACAGUUUCUCCCACUGAUAUCGGAAAUACACGCUGAGAUAUUAUCAGUAGCCGAUAAUUAUCUAACCUGUCUGAAUGACCGAUCGCCAUGGCAUGAAAAAUGUCUCGAGGCUCGAAAAUCGUCAAAUCUUUGCGUCUAUGGCCAGCUUUAAGCUUCCGCAAUCAUACUAACAUUCCCUUUGCAGGGCACAAGUACAUUAUGUUGUCUUUCCUUUACAACACUCAUUUUUUUGGUGUUACUGUCCCUUUAAUCCUCGCUCAUUUACUGAUUAUUUUUUGUUUUUUCUUUAAUUGCGAUAAUAACAUGUUCCUCUAACUGCCUAGUGAUGGGGUUAAGGAUUGGUGCACGCCUUCAAUUAACUAUGUGAAUUAACUACACUAGAGAUGGUGUUAAAUAGUCUUGAUCACAAACGGUUUUAAUAUGCUUGACAAAGGGGAUCACCCCGAAACGUUGCAUCACGCAAAUAAAAUACAGCAAGGGUUGUCCCUGCUUGCAACUAAAGACCUGUGUGCCGGUGGAACUACUUACUCUGUAUUAGUUCAGCCCACAUCACUACAUUGAGUUCAGCGUAGCUUUGUGUCGUGUAUAAGGACACAGACACCUCUGCUGGGAAGUCGUUCCAUGCAUCCACUCCUGCUGGAAACAGUAGACCUGUGUGAAACCCACUUGCUUCCUUAUUCGUACAUAGUUCUGUUGUAACCAUUAUCGUUGUCUAUGAAUAUCAUGGAGCCUCCUGUUCUGAUCCGCUUUGCAAACAUAUACUGAAAUAAUUUGGGGUAAUUGCAGGGAAGCCGCUGUACUCCAUGUUGUAUUAUUCUUACACGCCACUAUAAAUCGAUACCUCCCGUCA